AUGUCGCGACGAAAGGGAUACGAAGAAAUGAUGGCGGAAUUGAGAGUGAGAGACAGAGAGGAAUACCGUGCCCAGAUGGAGGAUAUUGCGAAAGGCCAGAAGAUAAAGGAUAUUGAAAUGGAGAUCAGAAAUGCCGAAUAUGAGAGGAAUUCCAGAUCGGCUAAUAGGCUAAAAAGAGAGCUGGCCAGUUUGAAGAACGACAGAGAUCAGCAACCGUCCUCGUCGCACCGCCGGAGAAGCUCCCGAGGGCCUCGAGACUCGUCACUACCAAGAGCCUCCGUCGACAACAGAGGACCGUAUGACCAUCGGUCUGGUGCCUCUGGAAAUGGUGGCCGAAGCCAUCAAUAUUCUCAACCCCAACGUUCUCCAACCCCUCCUCCGCCAAGGGUCAGAAGAACACGCAUUCGUACGUAUGCUGUGAAUCCUGACUCAGGCCACAACUAUCCGGCUUCUGGGCCACGACAAGGGGAAAGAGGGAACAUCAGAGUGGUACAUAGUGACGAGGAGAGUGAUUCGGAUUUAGAAGAGCGCAAGCGUCAGUGGAAAGCACAUCAGCAAACACUAAGAGAGGAGAGAGAAGAGCGAGAGAAAAUAGAACAGCGAGAGAGAGAACAGCGAGAGAGUGAACAGCUAGAGAGAGAAGAGCGACAGAAAAGGAGAGCUAGAGGGAAUGAGAGCAAAAAGCAAAUUUUAGCGGCCGAAUACCACCAACUUCUUGAGGAGAGGAACUCCUUCGCGGCGAGGUGGGAUAUACUAAGGGCCCAGGGACGGGGGGAUAGUAAAGAAGGUAAAUCUCUCCAAGCAGAGAUGAGGCGCCGCGACCCCCGUCUCAACUCCCUCGAGGAGGAACUCUUAAACUUGGGAGUACGUCCGGGGGAAGACAUUUAA